AUUAUUACACGGCUCUCUAAAAUGCUUGAUUCUGAUUGGCCAGCCAAAACAUUUCAAGAUUCCUUCUUUAACUACUCAAAACUAAUAACACACGGCUGCAAAUCAUAACAGGACCACUUCACAACCUCUUUGGACAGAGAUGGCUACCCCCAGUCUCGAUUACAUGAAUGGACAUGAAUUGUCCAGUUUGCAUGGACCAGUUAUUGAUGAACCAAUCACAUCUCCCUUAUAUGACUAUGGGGACUACUACAAUGAAGGUGUUGAUCCAUCAAUGUUAUCCUGUGAUUAUGGAGUUCAUGCAUCCAGCAUCCUGCCUGUGUUAUACUCUCUGUUCUUCGUGAUGGGCCUGCUGGGUAACCUGCUGGUGUUAUGGGUGAUGUUGAUGGGUGUAAGGCUGAAAAGCAUGACUGACAUCUGUCUCCUGAACUUGGCUUUAGCUGAUCUGCUGCUGGUCUCCUCUCUUCCAUUCCUGACUCACUAUGCCAGAGAUCAGUGGGUCUUUGGAGGCGCCAUGUGCACCAUGGUUUUAGGCGUCUAUCACAUUGGAUUCUACAGUGGGAUUUUCUUUGUUGUACUGAUGAGUGUUGACAAAUAUUUAGCUGUGGUUCAUGCUGUGUUUGCUUUGAAAGACAAUACAAAGAUAUAUGGGAUCUUAGCCAGUGUGGUCAUCUGGAUCAUUGCUGUUGCAGCAUCGUUUCCUGAGCUUAUUUACCUUGAAAUCAGUAAACACAAUAAUAAAACAUACUGUCAGUCUUAUCCAACAGAUGAUCACAACUCUCACCAUUAUGCAAACACUGUUGGUAUCAUUAAGAUGAAUGUUUUAGGAUUAAUUAUUCCACUUUGUGUAAUUGGAUUUUGUUACUCAAUGAUUCUUCGCAGACUCUUAGCAGUUCGCUCUUCCAGGAAACAGGCCGUGAGACUUGUCAUUGUAGUGAUGGUUGUCUUCUUCUGCUGUUGGGCUCCAUAUAAUAUUGCAGCUUUUGUGAAAGCAUUGGAGCUAAAUAAACUCAUAGAGCCAUCCUGUGAAAAAAGCAAAGCAAUCACUCUUAGUCUUCAGAUCACAGAAGCUCUGGCUUACUCACACAGCGGCCUGAAUCCCAUUCUCUAUGUGUUUGUAGAAGAGAAAUACAGGAGUUACCUUUUCAAACUCAUGAACAAAACACCCAUCAUCAGAUUACAGUACAUGAGGAGAUAUCUUACACAGGCUACAGGAUCCGUUUAUUCACAGACUGCCAGUGUGGAUGACAGAUAUACUACACCAGUGUGAUUGAAAUAAAUCCCCAAAUACCAUCAAAAGGCACCUGCUUGAUAGUUGGUGGGAGGAGUUUAAGGGAAAUUUUACAUUCCUUUUGUGAGUUAUUUUACUUUGGCAUUCAGUAAGUGAAUUUUUAUGGUUCUGGUCAGAGUAGGAUUUAAAUAGUUGGUUAGUUGUGCAAUUGCCUUCAAUACGUAUUGUAUGGCUUUCUUCAAACAUGCUAGAAAUAUGAUCUCAACCAUAAUUAAACUGAAUGAUAUGUGUUUAAAGCCUUAAAUAACUUCUGCUUUUAGUCUUAUUCAGUGUUUAUGCUCAAUAAUAAUGAAUGAUUAUUAAGAGAUUGUUUCAGUCUGAAGUCACAAUGACAGAUGGGAUUUCAAGAAUUGUUUGUAGGUCUCA